GAAGUUCCAAUUGUUAGGGUGGGAUGCAGCAUUUUUGCUUUCCUCCAAUAGAUUCAAAGUGUGCGCAGUGACUGACAAUAGCGAGUCCGGGAGUGGGAGGAACAACUCGGCGGCGAUCCUUCUGGCUUUGUUACGUCUGGGAAGCCAUUUUGGAAUUCUGUGACUAGUGGCUGAGAAUUACACAUUGACAACUUGCAAAGUUUCGCCCCUGCUCUCUCGGAAAUAACAUUCACGGAGGCUGCUCGGGGUCCGGAUCGGCGGACCCACCCCCUCCGCACCGUUCUGUGUCUUGUGCGCGGGAUGCGUCUACAAGUUUGCGCAUCUUCCUUGGAUGUGUUGAUCUUACGCGACUGGAUUAAGCUCAAAAGACUGUAAGACAAAUGGACUCGCAGCACAACACGGUCUAAUUGAAGAAUGACCAUGGAUUACUCUCGCCUGCACACGUACACCCCCCCUCAGUGUGCCCCCGAGAACACGGGGUACACCUACUCCCUCAGCUCCAGCUACUCCUCUGCGGCCCUUGAGUUUGAGCGGGAGCACAGGAUCGAGCCGGUCUUCGACUCUCCCAGAAUGUCACGCCGCAGCCUGCGCCUGCACACCUCGAGCGGUCUCUACGGCAACGACAGCCCGGCGGACUCCUCCCACAACCACAGCGGCUCCUACAGCGUGGGCGGAGCCGGCCGGAGGGAGACCAGGACGGUGAGGAGCAGGAAGCAGCAGUCUCAGUCUCUGUCAGUGUCCAGCUCCCAGUCCCAGUCCCAGUCCCAGUCCCAGUCUCAGUCCAGCUCGGCUGCGCAGACCCACAGCGGUCUGCUCAGCUGCGCAGCCGGCGACUCCUCCCGGCUCUCCGGCCAGCUGGAUGAGUCGUGCAUACGGGAGCGCACGGCGGUGGACAGCGCCUGGGGUUUGGAUGGGGAUGGUGAACUCAAAGCACGGAGUGUUCGGACAGAGCGCAGCGUGACGCGGUCGAACGGAGACCUCAGGACGGCACAGACGCAGAGCUCCUCUGUGAACGGCUACAUCUGCAAAGACUGCAGCAUCCACCUGGACAGGAAGGAGGCGCUCACGGCCUACUCCACCUCCUGCUCCUCUGCAUCCUCCUCCUCCUCCUCCUCCUCCCUCGCCCACUCCGCCUCCACCUCGGGCUCCGCCCUCUAUUACCAAGACAAGAGUCUGAAACACAAGUCAGGUGUCCUGGUGGCUCUCAGGGACACCUGUGUGCGUUUCAGCAGGCAGGCGGUCACCUGUGUGGCGUCCUUAGUGUCACUGCUCGCACAGGUUCUUCUGCUGAGGAGGGACCGUGAGGUCAAGGGUGACGGAGGCAAAGGUGUCCUGGUGCAUCUCACAGACACCUGCAUGCGCUACGGCAGACGUGCCGUCACCCCUGUAGUGUCCCUAGUGUCCCUGCUGCUGCUGAAGACGGGCUACAAGGCCAGGGACCACGACGUCACGGUUGUCAGUGAAGGAGCCCACUCGAGUUACUGUGGAAGUGUGAACGUCAAAGACUUGGUGACAGGAGAUGGCCACCUGAAUCUGAACGGGUCUCUGUGUGAUGACUGCAAAGGGAAGCAGUACUUGGAGACGCAGGCAAUCCACACGCAGUCCUCUAAGGGGCGCCGUCUGGCUGGGGCGCUAUGGAGCGUCAUUGCUUACACAGGCUACUGUCUGAUGCAGGUGGUCAGGACCAUGGGCGCGGCAGGCCUGUUCGUGACCCGGAAGCUCCUGUCGGUUCUGUGGUUGGCUUUAGUGUCCCCAGGGAAGGCAGCGACCGGGGCAUUCUGGUGGCUGGGGACGGGAUGGUACCAGCUCGUCACCCUCAUGUCCCUCUUCAAUGUCUUCAUCCUGACUCGGUGCCUCCCCAGACUGCUGAGGCUGCUGUUGUUCCUGCUGCCCUUCCUGCUGCUUUUGGGUCUGUGGUUCUGGGGUCCCUCCAGCCUGCUGUGCUACCUGCCAGCCAUCAACCUGACGGAGUGGCGGACUGCGUCUGCGUCACUCUUCCCCUUCCCUCUCACCCUCACCCCGGCGGAGGAGGCCAUCGACACGGCUCACGACCACCCGGCCACCGCCCCGCCGCCUACUGUCCCGCAGCCGGUCGGCGUGGCGGUCUCCGUGGACACCGAGCGGCUGCAGCGGCUGGAGGAGCGGCUGGCGCAGGUGUGGGAGAGCGUGCAGAGGGGGGGGCGGCUGCAGGAGCAGCAGCACGGCGAGGCACUGGGCCUGUACCACGCCCUGCGGGAGCAGCUGGACAGGCAGACGGACCGGGACAGCCUGGGGCUGUGGGUCUCCGGCCUGCUGGACCAGAGGCUGACCGUGCUGAGGGCGCAGCUGCAGCAGGACUCUGCGCAGAGGGAGCAGACCCAGGAUCAGCUCCUGCAGCAGCAGCAGAGUUAUGAGGCCCGCCUUGCUGAGCUGGAGGGGCUGCUCCAGGUCCUGGCAGCCAAGACUGAGGAGGUCCAUCAAAAGCAGGAAACGGCCACACCAGCUCCUGUGAAUGUGGGCGUGGACAGGGAGGACCACGACGCCCUGCUAUUGGAGGUUCAGAGGCUGGAGGCGGAGCUUGGCCGCAUCAGGGGGGACCUGCAGGGCGUGAUUGGCUGCCGGGGGAAGUGUGAGCAGCUGGCUGGUCUCCAGGACACGGUGUCUGCGCAGGUGUCUGCGCAGCUGAAGCAGGAGCUGCGGACGCUGUUCUACGGCAGCGAUGAGGGCGAGCUGCCGCGGCCCCUGCUGCAGUGGCUGUCUGCGCAGCUCGUGCGCCACCCCGACCUGCAGGCCUCCCUGGCCUCUCUGGAGCAGAACAUCCUGAGGAACAUCUCCCUGCACCUGGAGCGGAGCAAGCAGCCGCCCUGCGCCCAGGCCGUCACCGACACCGUGGUGCAGGCCGCAGGGGAUGCUGGGAUGUCUGAAGAGCAAGUGCAGCUGAUUGUGCAGAACGCCCUGAAGCUGUAUGCCCAGGAUCGAACCGGCCUGGUGGACUACGCCCUGGAGUCUGGAGGCGGCAGCAUCCUGAGCACACGCUGCUCAGAGACAUACGAGACGAAGACGGCUCUCAUGAGCCUUUUUGGGGUCCCCCUCUGGUACUUCUCUCAGUCCCCUCGUGUGGUCAUUCAGCCUGAUGUCUACCCUGGAAACUGUUGGGCAUUUAAGGGCUCCCAGGGCUACCUGGUGAUCAGGCUGUCCAUGAGUGUCGUCCCUGCAGCCUUCUGCCUGGAGCACAUCCCCAAGGCCCUGUCCCCCACCGGCAACAUCAGCAGCGCCCCCCGGCAAUUCACUGUCUACGGUCUGGAUGAUGAGUACCAGGACGAGGGCAAACUGCUGGGCCGCUACACCUACCAGGAGGACGGGGAAUCGCUGCAGACCUUCCCUGUCACGGAGGAGAACGACAAGGCGUACCAGAUCAUCGAGAUGCGCGUGCUGUCCAACUGGGGCCACCCUGAGUACACCUGCCUGUACCGGUUCCGCGUCCACGGGCGACGAAUCAGCCAAUGAGAGGUCCCGCCCGCCCGCCACCGCACAGCCUGGAACCCGUUUCCCACAGUUUGUAUAUAAUGGAGGACUUUCUAAGGAGGGAAGGUGCAAACGACGGACAUUUCAUCAGGACAGAGUGGAGGAGGAGGGGUGCAACAGAAUGCAUUCUGGGAAAAGAAGCUACUCUUUGUUUUUUUUUUUACAUAAGCUUUGACUUUUAAAGGACGAAAAUCCACACGUCAGAGAGAGACCGAGAGAGAGAGAGAGUCCGAGAGAGAGAGACAGAGAGAGAGAGAGCGCGAGUGGGCGAGUGGAGGAUGGGGCGUCCGACUCAGAUGGGCUCCCCCCCCCGUCCCUCUCCACACCCAGCUCCUAACAUUGCACUGAAUGGGACCCUCCUGGACAGACCCGGGGUCGGGGGGGGGGUCGUAAGGACGCCCACAUGUCCCACACUCACCCGUGUCCUUACCUCGAGAUGGACGACACUCUUCUGUUCUUCGUUUUGCUUUUCUGUUUUUGCUUUUAUUUCAUGGAAUGGACUCUGUAAGUAUGCGUGUCUGGGAGUCAGCGGAGCCCACGCCCCCCCUGUCUCUGGCUCCCCCACCCUGCGGCCCCUCCCUCCAGUGCCAGAGUAUCGGGAGGCCGUAGAGCAGGCCUGCAACCCUCUGCAGGCUCAUCUCAAUCCAAAGCUGCUCUCUGCUGCUCCCACACUGGAGUAGGUUGUAUGGUUUGGACUGUCACGGAGUUAGGAGGUUGGCAACAAAAGGAGGGAAAGGGGUCAGUAUCACUGGACUGGUAUUAUAUGGGACUGCUGUGUCUUCUCUUUCCACUUCUCCACCCUACACUUUUUACCUCCGAAAACACACUCACAGCCAUGUGAAACCACUCUCUCUCACAGAUUAUAACACAUACAUUUCUGCACUGUUUGAAUGUGUACAGGACAGGACAGGACAGAGAGAGAGACAGAGAUAUGGCACUUGGAAGCUCUUCAAGGUCGCAUUUUUUUUUUAUACUGUAACAGUUAACGACCUGAACUUUAAAUGACUACAGUAGCUAGUGGGAAGUACAUUUAGUGACACAUAUAGAGGAGAUAUGUAUUUAGAUGUUUUAGAGUUCAGGCUAAAGGCCUGAAGCUUCAGCUGCCCAGUACAUCACAGCCUGAGUGCUUGCAGUAUGGCUGCUUUAUAUCCCAGUCAUAAUGCCCUCAGGCAGUAUCUGCUUGCCCAGAAACCACGCAGGAAUGUAAACUGUAUAUUUUACUGUUAAUAGUUUGUCCUUAAAUCCACUAAUAUCAGUGUUGCUU